UUUGUGGGCGGUGCCACCUUAGCUUGGUAUUUUGCACAUUGGGGAAUCCGCGCUGGUCUGCUCUCCUUGUGGAGAUACAGAAGCCAAAUUAUGGAGGCCAUAAAAAUAAUGAGAAAUGCAGAAACAGACUACUGGAAUCUUCACCUGGAUCUUUCUUUAUGCUCAACACCACCCAAGAUCUCCAGCUGCUCAAUAAAAAGCUGCAAGUUUUUAAAGGGAUGUGGAAAUUCACUUUGACUGGAAAACAUUUGAGGAGUGAGCAGAUUGUCUUCAAGGUAUUUUCUUGGAUGGGAAGGGAAUUCAAAAUUCUGAUAAAGAAAAUGGCUUUCUUGCUGGACUGCUCUUGAACAACUGGCAGCAAAACUUCAUUCUCUUGUGGGCUGAGCCAUUGAGCCUCUGCAGACUUUGGAAGAGAGAAUCAUUAGCCGAAACUUUCAACAACCGGAGAGUCCAGAGAGCAGCUCUGGCUUUUCUGGGGUUAAUUCCUGCUGUGGGACUAGAAAGUGGAAUAUCAGACCUUCCCAAGCUGCAGCAGCACUUGACAUCCGCUUCACCUCACACCUGAGUCCCUGCUUCCGGGAAGAAAAACCUGAGUAAAGUCAGCCAUGGCAGCAGAGACGGAUUCUUCUUGACAGUGGCUACUUCUAACUUCAGAGCUGUGGGCACUGAACUAGAAAGCGGUGCAAAAAGAAAGGAACAGCAUUUAAAUGACAAUGGGAAACUGGAAAGAAAGAACCUACGUUUUCUCCCUUCAAAAAGGAUGGACAUCACCCGUCUGCUCCUGGCCACUCUGCUGGUCUGUCUGUGCUUCCUCACUGCCUGCAGCCACCUGGCACCUGAGGAGAAGCCCAGAGAUGACAGGAGUAAGUCCUCCAUGAACUUGUUGGAUUUCCCUUCUGUCUCUAUCGUGGCUCUGAACAAGAAGUCUGAAAAGAUCAGCAGAAAAGAAGCAGAAAAGAAAUCUUCCAAGAAAAAGGCUUCGAUGACGAAAGCGGCGCGACCCCGGCCCCAGUCGCCCGCCGCUUGCGUGGCCACCCGCGACAGCUGCAAGCCGCCGGCGCCCUCCUGCUGCGACCCCUGCGCCUACUGCCAGUGCCGCCUCUUCCGCAGCGCGUGCUCCUGCCGGGUGCUCAGCCCCCGCUGCUGA